AUGUCUAAAUCUAAAGAAGACUGUAACAUUAAGGUUGAUAGAGAUGGUGAAUCAUGUGUUAUUAAAAUUGAAUCAGUAGGUCAAGCAUCCCUUCUCCAUGAAGUUGUCAAACAAAUAAAUGAUUUAAAACAAGAAGUUGAUGAAAUACUCAAAGGACAAAAGUCGGCUACUCAAUCACCGUCGGGUGUUUUAGAUGCGAUUAAUAAACUUCAAUUACGCAUAACAUCAUUAACAGACAGCAUUCAAAAUAUUGCUAAACAUGCAUCAGAUGAAACAAAAUAUCAUGAAGAAUUAAAUUGUUUAAAUGAUGGGAUCAAGAAGCGAUUAGAUGAACUUAGUACUUGGUUUAAAGAUCAGCAAAAAGCCAGUCAAUUAUCACAAGCUAAUCUCGAUGGCAUCCGACAACUACAAACGAAAAUUGAUGCAUUGGAAAAACAGAAUCAAGCAGUUGCUACUCGAAUUCAAGAUGAUUCAAAAGCAAGAGAUGAUUCAUUUAAACGUCGUCUAGAUAAAAUAGAUGAUGUUAAAAAUGAUAUUAAACAGCUGAUACAGACACAGCAGAAAACAGCACAACAAAACCCGAGAGAAAAUAUAAUUAUUGAUGAAAUGAAACAAUUGCAGGCAAAAUUUGAUGGGCUAGAAAAACAAAAUCAAAAUGCUUUGCAGCGGAAUAAUGACGAUUCAAAAAAUCAUGAUAGUUUAGUAAAAAAGCUCAAUGUUGAUUUAAUUACAAAAUUGAAUGAUAUUGAAAAACAAGUGAGCCAACCACCAGCAGGUCUACAAGAACAAUUGGCUGUUCUCAAAGAGGUACAAGCCCGUAUAGUACCAUUACAAAAAGCGGUCGAUAAACAACAGGAACAAAAUCCAACGGGUGCCAUUAAAGCACUCGAGGAUAAAAUUGAACAGUUUUACGCUGCUAUUGAUAAAGAGGCACGUAAUCAACAAUCACAAAAAUCUAAUGAUUCACAAUUACUCAAUGAAUUAGCUAAAAGGGUGGUUAAAUUAGAUGAUAUUGAAAAACAUUUAAAACAACUACCAUCGAGCGAGGUUGCUAUAAAACGUUUGGGAGAUCAUAUUGCACAAAUUCAAGCAUAUCUUGAAAAAACAUCACUGGUAAGUGAUGAACUGAAACAACGGAUUUCUGAUCUCGUAAAAGAAUUGAAAGCCGUUAAAUUACAAGAUGUUUCAAAAGAAAUAGCAGCACAGAUUCAGCCCAUUCUACGAGUAUUGGACAAACAACAUCAAAAUGAUGAUAUAAAAAAUUUAGCACAAAAACUAAACGAUAUCGAUAAACAAUUGCAAACAAGACAAUCGUCCACAACUGAUGCAAUUAAGGCAUUAAAAAAUGAAAUUGGACAAAUUCAUCAAGGUAUUGAUAAUCAGGCUCAAAGUCAACAACAAGGAAAAGAAAAAGAAUCUGCUUGUUUAAGUGAUAUGACAAGAAAAGUAGAUCAAUUGCAUGAAAAUGUACAAAAAUUUACUCAGCAGCAACCGGAUGUAGCCAAAGAUAUAACGAAUCGUCUAAUACCAGUAAUUGAGUCACAAAGACAAGAUAAGGAAAAAACUCAAAAUGAAAUUCGCCAACGAAAUGAUGAUUUAAUGAAAGAAGUGAGUAAUUUAAAAAGUGUUUUGAUACCAAUGGUACAAGCACAAAAACAAUCGCCAGAUGUUAUGCGAUCUAUUAUGGAUCAAAUCACACAAUUAAAACAAACUUUUGAAAAAUCACAUCAAAAUGAUGAUGAUGUGAAAAAACAGUUGGCGGAUUUGAAAAAUGCUAUGUAUGAUGUAACACAAGUUCAAAAACAAUCGUCCAGCAUAAUGAAACCUGUUCUAGACAGUCUUGAUCACAUUCUUCGAGCUAUAGAAAAACCAAACGUUAAUGAUGAAAUUAUGAAAAAAUUAGACACUCUAAAACCACCACUUUGUCCUCCUCCAAUCGACAUUGGACGAGAAAUUACAAGUUGUAUUGCUCCAAUGAUGAAAAAAAUUACAGACAUCGUCGAACGUCAAAAACAAGCAGCACAACAACAAUCAGAUCAAGUUAGAAAGGAAAUCGAGGCAAAAAUGGCCUCAUUACACCAUCAAGCAACACGUGAUAGUGGCGAAUGGAAUCAGCGUAGCGAUCAAAUAAGCAAAAAGUUAGAUGAUUUGGUGCAGUCUCAACGACAACUGCCAGAAAAUUUGAAAGAAAUUAGUGAUAGUAUUCGAGUUUUUCAGCAAGCUCUAGUCACACCAGCAAAAACCGAUGAUAACUUAAAAAAGAAACUCGAUGAUCUUAAUGAAGAAAUACAAGAACCGCUACAAGUAUCUCUAGGUAUUUUGGACGCAAUCAAAGCAUUGGAAACAAAAAUUAUUCAACAGAAUCCUCAAAAAGUUGCUGAUGAUUUGAAACAUGAAAUUAAAGACGAAUUGGCUAAUUUAUCAAAAAAUGGACCAUCGAAUGAUACUAUUAAACAAUUACAAAAUAGACUAGGUUUAUUGCAAGAUACUUUGGAUAAACAAAAGUUGAAUGCAAAUGGCACACAAAUAGAACAAUAUGAUGAUGUCAGAACGAAUAUUGAUAAACUAACUAAAAAGCUUGAUGAUUGUAUAUUAUCAAAACAAAAUAAUCAACAAUUGGACCAGUCAACAGCCACUUUAAAGGAUUUGAAUGAUCGUCUCAAAUCUCUGGAAGAUAAUAUUCGAAAACUUUCUGACAUUAUCAAACUGCAACAACAACGAUCAUUCACUGAUGAUAGUACUGGCUUACAGUUGCAAAAAUCACUUGAACAAAUAAAUUAUUUGACAUCCCAAAUGAAACAAUUCAACAAUGACACAACACAUCAUCACAAAGAACAAUCACAAACAAGAAGUGUAUUACACGCACAAUCACCACUAUCACCUACUGAUUUCAAUAACGGUCAAAUAGCGAAUUUGUUGAUAAACUUGUUAUCAUUAGAAUCAAUCAUCAAAAAUAGCGAAGAUGUUUCGUGUAAUAAUAUUCAAAAAUAUUUGCAACGUAUUGGAGGCAUGGAUGACAUCAGACAAGAUCAAGAUUUAUCUUCUUUGGUAGCAAAUGUAUUGGAAAUGUGUAGGAAUAAAAACAGUAUAUUACCACUGAGAAAAGAGCGAUCAGAAAGUCCAAAACAAUCAAUAACGGAAAAUAAUCUAUCAUUGUCAUCCCCUCUUCAACAACCAUUGGCAUCACAACCAAAAAGUAACACGCCUAAUAAAUCCCCGAUAUCUUCGUCAUUAAAUCGUCUGGAUCAAACUACUGCUUCAAAGGCCAGUGCUGGUGGUAUAACAUAUUCACGAGGACUGGCACUACCACCUUGUUACAUGACAAAGUCACGUUAUAUACUAUUCAUAUCUGAUCGAACAAUAAAUGAUCAUUGGAAAAAUUUUAAACAAAAAAAUCAUCCAGUCUUACAAACGAUACUACAAACACCAUUAGAAAUUGAGGACGGAAAUGCUAUUCCACGAUUAGUUGAAAGGCGAUCAGAUUUAAAACAUUAUUAUUCAAAUUAUCGUAAUGCAAUAUCAUCUCCAUCAGAUUACGAUCAGAUUUCUUACAUGAUGGAUAGCAUUGCAUUUCCCAAUAUGACAAUGAUUGGUAGUAGAGAAGCUGUUAUUCGACCGUGGGAUCCAUGUCUUCUCAAUCGUGCAUCAUCAAGUGGGCCAUAUCGAUUUCCAGCUGGUAACGAUCAAAUCGUUGAACGUUUUAAAGUCAACCGUGAUAUAGCAUUGUGGAUGGUUGAAACAGAUGAAAACAAACCAUAUAAUCCAUCGGAGUUUAUACCAAAUAUUAGACGCUUAAACGAAAAAUAUGCAAAUAUUCUACAUCCACAAUACAAUGAAAUUCGACAACAAAAGCGAAGUGAUGAAACUCGUUGGAAUGAACGUUAUGCAUUUACAAAAGAUAAUCGUACUGUAUUAUUCGUGAAUGAUUUAAGAAGUUAUUUUAUGGACUAUGACACAAAACGAAAAUAUCAAGUGCACGAUGGAGUGCCCAUUAAUCCCGUAUGUCGAACAGGAAUUGCUGGUAGAGGCGAUUUGCCAUUUUGGGGUCCAAAUCAUUGUUCUUGUAUCGUUUUACUCAGAGAUUUAAGUGAUCCAGAAGUUGUUUUAAUGCGCCACAAACAACAUAGUGAUGCUCUUGUUUUACCUAAAGUAUAUGUUUUAUUAACUCCACAACCAAACCUUGAUGCUAAGCCCUCUGUUUUAUUUAAGGGUUUUUAUGGUCAUGAAAUACGUUACGAUAACAUGUCAAAAGUCAUUCAAGAUCCAGUAUCAGGUCAAAUGUUACCACCAAAUUUACUCGAUUAUUGGUGGAAUGAAACAAUUAAAUUAAACGAAGAUACAAAUAAAUCUAACCAUUUAAAAAAAGUCCUAACUGACAAAGAUAUAAAAGAAGAAUUUAAAGAAUUAUUCUCUCAGAAAGGAUGUAAUAAGAGUGUAGUGAGUAUAAUUCAUCAGUUUGAUAAUGGUUAUAUCGAUCAUCCGUUAAACACAGACCAUGCAUGGGUUGAGAGCAGUGUCUGGAAAGUUCAAUUCAAAGAAUGGAGAGUGCCCGCCAUGAAUGAAGAUAAAUAUAUGGUUGCAGCUGACAUACAUGAUCAAAAACAUUCAUUUAUUUGGAUGAAACUGAUGGAUGCCAUUUUAAUUGUUCCAGAUUUUGAUCGAGGAAUCUUGCUUGAUGUACUUGGAACAGGCAUGCCACUACUGUAA